AUGAUGCUUAAAAAACUGGUCGAGACCGCUCGAGACGUGUGGCGUAUGCGCCGCAUGCCCUCUCAAGUGCGCGCGAAAGACACGCGUCUGGCCUUUUCCGACAUUAUCGGCGACGAAAGUCAAACAGGACAGUGGCUCCGAACGGGUCCGAUCCUGGAACUAAUGGAUGGCUUAGCUGCCACGAUCUCAUCUCGAGUAUCGUUGGGUCCCAUUGCUACGAUCUCAUUUGACCGCGUGGACCUCGUCAAACCCGUCUUCCACGGCGAUUUGGUCCGUCUCGAAGGCGAAGUUGUUAGUCUCGGACGUUCGAGUAUUGCAGUGCAAGUGAGUGGCUAUCGUCACGAUAUCGCAAGCAGUUCGUUCCAACACACUCAUGGGGCGCUGAUCACAAUGGUCGCAAUCAAUCGGUUCGGUCGGCCGCGAAGAAAAUUGCCGCAGCUUUUUGACGCCGAGCAAGCCCAUGUUUGCGACCAAAUGAAGCAAAUUACCAGUCAGCGCAAGGAACUGGCCAGGCGCUGGCGAAGCGAACAAGAGGCAGUGGACACGAUCGAGUGUAUCCUCAACAAGGACGUGCUGCCGGGCGAGACCAAAGAGACAUACGUUUCGAUCAGCGAGACGGAGAUUGAAGUCCGCAACUGGUUCUUGCCACGCAAUCUGAACAUCAACGAAACAGUCUUCGGUGGCGAUCUGCUUACGUGGAUGGAUCGAACGGCUUUGUAUUGUGCCCAAAACUUUACAAAGUCGGGGAAAAUGGUCACAAUUGCCAUGAACCGCAUAGUGUUCAAGCUUCCCAUCUCGAUUGCAGAUGUCGUCACGGCGCGCGCUCGAGUUGUCAAUGUCCGUCGCUAUCGGCUUGAAGUCGAAGUCGAAGUGUUUAUCAACUCCGUUGUCGACAGUGGCGAGCGCAAGUCUCACAGCGGCUACUUUACAGUGCUGAACUUGGAUGAAAAAGACGCGCUGAGACCGAUCAACAAGGGUUUGAAGACCGAUCAAGAGAAUCAGCACGAGAUGCGAGUGCUGCUGAAGGCCCAGAAGCGUCUAGAGUUUGCCGAAGAAGAUAAUCAUUUGCACUCUUUGAAGCGAUUGGAGAUCCGUCUAUGA